AUGGUGGAGACCGUAGCGGACACCCGGCGGCAGAUCACCAAGCCACAGAACCUGAAUGAUGCCUACGGGCCGCCCAGCAACUUCCUCGAGAUCGAUGUGAGCUACCUGCAGACCAUGGGGGUCGGCUGGGGCCGGUUCACCAUCUACGAGAUCAGGGUCAAGACAAAUCUUCCUAUCUUCAAGCUGAAGGAAUCUACUGUUAGAAGAAGAUACAGUGACUUUGAGUGGCUUCCAAGUGAAUUAGAAAGAGAGAGCAAAGGUCGCUGGUCAUUCUCUGGCCCAGAAUGAACAUUGUCUAAACAUUUUUUUACAGGAUGAAAUAAUAGAUAAAAGCUAUACUCCAUCUAAAAUAAGACAUGCCUGAGUUUGGAAAGAAGAGGCAAAACAAGACCAUUAAUGAUUGCUCCACACCAAUGAAGAAGCUGUAACUCACUUAGCAUGCUGCACGGGCGCUGUUCUAACACUCCCUGGGUGUUCUAACACU